AUGCCUUACGUACCACCUAAAAAAGCUACAUAUACCAAGUUAUCUAUAACGAUAAAACAAGUUAAUCCUUUAAAUGUAAAGAAUAAAUUAGAAUCUCAAAAAACAGCGACACGUGACACCGCUAAUAAUCACGCUGUUUUAAAAUUAGACAACUUGUCUAUUUCACCAAAAUUAACAAAUACAAGAAACUCAUUACUUCGUAAAAAAAAUGGUGAAAUCGUCAAAUCAUCAUUUAAAAACCCUGAAUCAAACCCAACUUCUCCAGCUUCUCCAAAACGUGUGAAGUUUAACGAUCUAAAACAAAUCAACAUUAUAUCUGACGACUUUUCAGAUACCGAGAAACACAAUGACGAAAAUGUUGAUUUAUCAUCACCGGAUAGUAAUGGAUCAUUAACAGAUUUUCCAGAAUUUGAAUCUAUAAUAAUAGUUAAUUAA